AUGUACCCUGCACAAAAACAGACAAGUCAACUUUGCAAAACCUCAAAAGCCACAACAAAACCGUACCGUCAAGAAAACAUGCCGCUUGCAAAGGGUCUUGUUGGACUUUUGCAAGAAGCGAAACAAGAAGUUCCUUCAUGGUUAAUCCAAUAUUCCCAGUCUUCAGCACCAGGUGGACGUGGUAGCUCUGGAUCUCAACGGUCGCCUUGGAUAGGCAAUUACGGUGGGCGCGAUUUCCGGACUGCAGCAGAACCUGUAAAGGUGGAGAGUUACAACAACUACAACAGUAGUUACAGUAAUUAUGGUGAUAAUGGUUUCAAUAAUGUUCAAGAACAGGUGCAGAAUUACAACUACAACAGUACCUAUAGCAACGGAAGAGACCAUACUGCCAACACUUAUACUGAUACCUCUUUAGACAUCCAAAACUCUAACAACAAUGCCACCUUUGACAGCACUAAUACAGAAAUUGCUGGUGGAUACAAUUAUCCUGAUGUUGGUUUGUGUGAAGGCAGUGAUGGCAUAAAUGGGCCAUGUGGGUAUGCAUCUGUUGUGCCCACUGGAUGGGACUGA